CCGGGCGCAAGGGCGGGCCUUCGAGGUUUCGCUGGUUCGCGGGUCUUUGUCUCGCGCCAUCUUAGCGCUUGGUCGGUCAGCUGGGCCGGGUAGUCCGGGUGUCUCAGGACUGUCAGCUGAGGGAGGCAGACGGGGGCGCCAUGAGGAACUUGCAUCAGGACAGCGUGGAGAACUGUAUGGGUCAACUCCCCAGUCAAACUCUUGAGAUUGGAAAGCAGAAGAGAAGCUGCAAGAAGAGCUCAGUCACUUACAAUCACUGGAGAUGGUCCCAGGGGUGCAGAGCAAGAAAACACAAGGAGUCAGUAAAGGGAUUGGUGACAUUUGAGGAUGUCUGUGUGGACUUCACCUGGGAUGAGUGGCAGGACCUGGAUGAUGCUCAGAGAAAGCUCUACAGGGACGUGAUGCUGGAGACCUACAGGAGCCUGGAGUCCUUGGGUCACUGCAUUACCAAACCCGAGGUGAUCUUUAAGUUGGAGCAAGGAACUGGGCCAUGGAGAGUAGAAGACAUCCCAGAGCAGCGUCAGCCAGAUGUCCAGAAAGUAAAUGAACUGGAUGAAACCAGCCAGGACAAUCAAGACAGACAUUUGUGGCACCUUGUAAUUACCAACAGCAACACAUCAACUGAGGAGAAUGUUAAAUUAGGAAAAAUACUUAAUGUGAGUUCAAACCAUGUUUCAAAUCUAACUAUAAAGAAUGGAAGUUCUUCAGGAAUGAGGCCUACAGCACUUAAUGUGUGGCAGAAUGUGCAUCCCCCUAAUGUGCCUGAUAACAUGCAGACUGGAAAGGAUCUUGAUGGCCCUCUAACUAGCAAGUCCCCCAUACAUGCACAGCACCACAGGUUGUAUAACAGAGCUCCAAGUACUCAACAGCAUUUCCAAUGUUGUAGACAGGAAGCAGCCUGCAAUACAAAGACCUUAUGGACAAAUAAGAGCUUUCACAUUGCACAUAGUCCCAGUAAAUUUGGUGAGUCUGGGAAAGCAUCUGAUGAGGUAGCUCCUAAUGCCCAAGAGAGGACUUGGGUAAGGGAAGAAACUUUUGAAUGUAAUAUUUGCAAGAGAACAUUCUGUUCAAAGUUUAAGCUCACUAAACAUAAGAAAAUACACAAAGUACGGAAGUAUUACAAGUGUAGUGAUUGUGAGAAAACCUUCAUUAAGAAGUCGUACCACAAAAAACAAGUAAUGCAUGCAGGACUCAGAUCCUACAGAUGUAGACAAUGUGAGAAAUUUUUUCAUCAGAAAAAACAGCAAAAUGUACACCAGAGAGUCCCCAAAGGAACAAAACUGUAUGAACUUUAUCAAUCUGAAAAAAGCUUUAACGAGAAGCCAAAACUCAGGAGGUAUCAGAGAACCCGUACAGGCUAUAAACCCUAUGGAUGUCAUAUGUGUGGGAAAUCAUUUUAUCGGAAGUCACACCUCAACAGGCACCAGAGAAUUCACACAGGUGAGAAACCCUAUGGAUGCAAAGAAUGUAAGAAAACUUUCUACCAUAAGUCAUCCCUCACUAUCCAUCAGAGAACUCACACAGGUGAGAAGCCCUAUGAAUGUAAAAAAUGUAGGAAAACUUUCUACUGUAAGUCAGACCUCAAUGUACAUCACAGAACCCACACAGGCGAGAAACCGUAUGAAUGUGACGAGUGUAGAAAGACUUUCUACUCUAAGUCACACCUCAUUAUACAUCAGAAAAUUCACACAGGUGACAAACCGUAUGAAUGUGAAGCAUGUCAGAAAACAUUCAACCGGAAGUCAAACCUCACUGUACAUCAGAAAACACACACAGGUGAGAAACCCUAUGAAUGUAGUGUCUGUGGAAAGACUUUUCACCGGAAGUCACACCUCAGCAUGCAUCAGGGAACUCACACUGGUGAGAAACCCUAUGAAUGUAAAGAAUGUGGGAAAGCUUUCUACCAAAAGUCCAGUCUCAGCAGGCAUCAGAGGAAUCACACAGGAAACAGACCAUAUGCAUGUGAAGAGUGCCGGAAAACAUUCCUUCAUAAGUCAUCUCUCACUGUCCAUCAAAGAAGCCACACAGGUUAUAAACCAUACUCAUGCGAAGAAUGUAGGAAAACAUUUUACAGUAAGUCACACCUCACUGUACACCAGAGAACUCACACAGGUGAGAAGCCCUAUGAAUGUACGGUAUGUGCAAAGGCUUUUCACCAAAAGUCAUAUCUGAACAGGCAUCAGGUAACUCAUGAGAGUGAGAAACGAUUUGAGUGUGAGGAAUGUAGGAAAACAUUCUAUCAUAAGUCCUCCCUCACGGUGCAUCAGAAAAUUCACCUGAGGGAAGGCCUGUGAGUAGAGUGUGGAAAGUUCUUAGCAGAAACAUUCAGUAGGCAUCAGACAAGUCACACAUAGGUGAUACUCUAAAAAUUGAUGAAUGAAGACAGUGUUUCCCUGAGAAGGCCACUUAGCAGGCAUUACAUUUAAUCAGAAAAUUCUGUGUAGAACAAGUUGGCUGUUUUCUUUGGAACAGUCUCCAUUAGGUAAUCCACCUGACUGUGUAACAGCCCUACAGAAAAAUGUGCACAUAUAUGAUGAUCACUGUUACUACCAGGCCCAUAGAAACACUUUAAGUUUUUUCUCCCUCAGUUUUCAUGAGUCUGGGGACCUGAAGUGAACGUGAUCUGCAAAAUGGCCUUGACAUCCAUUGUCAGAAAGCCACAAAUUUAAGAGAAAUAUUACUGAUUGGAGAGGGCAGAGAUGUCCUCAUUUUUAUCCCCAAAUACUGUUUUUAGUUUAGUUGAGGAAUACUUUCUUGAACCAUUGUGCAUGAUGUUUUGAUAAGAUUGCAAACCCUUCAUAACUGGAUGAGAUGUUUGAGAGAACUUAUAUGUUCUUUAAUAUUUCAAAAAUUGUACAUGCAUAGCAAAUUGUCAAUACUGUAUUAGAGAAGUUUCAUUGAACAAUUUGAAUAAAUUAAAUGUUGAUAAUGUGUGAAAUUUUGAGCAAAAUUUAAAUAUCAGAAGUUUGUAACAAAGGAAAAC